GAUAAAUACAAGUAAACACUUCGAUCUAAAACUAACAACAAAUCAAACAAUAAAAACCCACAAAUCGUGGCGAAAAUACGCGAAAAUCCCGUGAAAUUGAUAAAUCAAAAGCCUCGCAUAUCGCAUUGCAACAUGUAAGAAACGUUAGAGUUUCUUGUGAACCAGUCGCGUUAUUGAUUUUCACCAGCGAGUAUGUCGAACAACAGAAUAACCCGAUUUCACCCUUACCACGGCAAGAACAUCGUCCUAUCCGAGGACAACACCGUCGCCUACAGGAAGAAGAGCUUCGCCGAUGCCAUCACGUUCAGCGACAAGCCCCUGGCCCCCGGCGAGAUCUUCCUCAUCGAAAUCGAACAGUACGAAACGGGCUGGAGCGGCCACAUGAGAUUAGGCCUCACGCAACUCGACCCUCUCACCAUCUACAAAACGGGCUCGAUUCCCAGCUACGCGCUGCCCCACUUGGCCGACAUGGGCACCUCCUGGAUAUACGGCAUCAGCAAGGCGCAGAACUGCGUGUUCGAGUACAAGGAGGAGAACGGCAUGAAGUGGAUCAUACCGGGCUCGAAGAAGGUCGACGAUAACGGGAACUUCUUCAAAACCUGCAGCGGCACGGUGCCCUUGAAUCUCCUGAAACCGUCCAGACUGGGCGAUAUCUUGCCUACUGACACGGGUAGCAGGAUCGGGGUUAUGUACGUUCCGACGAACGAUUUGCAAGCCGAUAUGCACUAUAUCAUCAACGGGGAGGAUCAAGGGGCCUGCGUGAAGCGCAUUCCUUUUACUCAAGCGCCGCUACACGUCGUUGUAGACGUGUACGGGGCUACUAAGAAAGUUAGAAUUAUUCAGUUGUAUGCAGUUCCUACUUUACAAUCGGCUUGUCGAGAUGCCAUCCUGCAACACAUAACUAAGAAAGCUGUGCUGUCUUUGCCUUUACCCAAGUUGUUAAAAGAGUAUUUGCUGUAUAAAACUUGAACGGAUUCGUUUGGUUCCCAUUGGAAUAAGUUGUUAUUUUCCGGUCUGUAUGUCAAUCAAGUUUUAAGUUUCACAAUUUUACGCUCCCUAGCAUCCUGCAGACCUGCGGCGGCUAAAAAAAACAAAAAUAGACAAGUAUCAAUUACCCUUUGCAGUUUUCAAGACUGAUUUUGAUAGCCUCUUCUAUUCUGAACGUUUAAAAAGUAUUUUUCGUUUGAAAAAAACAAUGUGAU